AUGGCCUCCACUUGUUCUGCAACAACACCAAAAUCCAUCGUUCUCACACCUCCCUCUUCAUCUUCCACCGACAAAUUAUCCAAUCUCUCUUUCCUCAAUUCCUCCAUAUCCACUUCCUUCAAGCUCGCCCAAUCCAUUUCCAUUUCCCAUUCCCAUUCUGAAAAGGCCACUUUCAUCACCACCAAUGUCCUCAAGACUGUGGAAUCGAUCGACAUAUCGAGGUCCAAAACUCGAGAUCUCGAAUCUGUAAUAUCAACCUCCAAGCCUACGAUCCUCGUGUCCGAGAAACUAGGAGAGGCUGGUCUCGACCUGCUCCGUAGCUUCGGGAAUGUUGAUUGUUCGUACAAUUUGUCUUCGGAGGAGCUGUGUUCAAAGAUCUCGUUGUGUGAUGCGUUGAUUGUGAGGAGUGGGACGAAGGUAACUCGUCAGGUGUUCGAGGCCGCCAAGGGAAGAUUGAAGGUGGUGGGAAGAGCCGGUGUUGGGAUUGACAAUGUGGAUCUGCAGGCCGCGACGGAGUUUGGUUGUCUCGUUGUUAAUGCUCCCACUGCGAAUACUAUUGCUGCCGCUGAACAUGGCAUUGCUUUGAUGGCUGCCAUGGCUCGUAAUGUUUCCCAGGCCGAUGCCUCCAUGAAAUCUGGAAAAUGGCAACGGAACAAGUAUGUCGGUGUCUCACUGGUUGGAAAGACAUUAGCAGUCAUGGGAUUUGGAAAAGUUGGAUCUGAAGUUGCCAGACGUGCUAAAGGCCUUGGAAUGCAUGUUAUUGCACAUGACCCAUAUGCCCCAGCUGAUAGAGCCCGUGCUGUUGGUGUGGAUUUGGUCUCCUUUGAUGAGGCCAUCUCCACUGCAGAUUUUGUUUCACUCCAUAUGCCUCUUACUCCUACUACUAACAAAAUAUUCAAUGAAGGAAAUUUUGCAAAGAUGAAAAAGGGAGUGCGCUUAAUCAAUGUUGCAAGGGGUGGUGUUAUUGACGAAGAUGCAUUAGUGAGGGCCCUUGAUAGUGGAAUAGUUGCACAGGUAUGCUUCUCUUGUCAAUGCAAGUGA